AUGUCCGUUAAAUCUUCAGCCUCUUCUUCGAGCGCGUUAAGAGGAGGACGACUCCCUCGCAUUCCGUUGGGGAAGAAAUAUUCCUCAACGGAUAACGGCGAGACCACGAACAGCGCUUCUCCCUCUUCUUCUUCUUCGAACAACAACAACAACGUGAAGAAUCUCCUCAACGCGCCGUUACAAAAGAUCAAACUCCCGAACUGGACGUCGAUUCCAAACGCCUGCGUGGCGAGCGCCAUAGCGGUGUGCUGCACGAACCCGAUGGACCGAGCGAAGACGUUGCAGCAGUUACCCGGGAAGAACAAUUGGGGCGAGAGUUCGUUCGAAGUCGUGAGGAACAUGGCGAAGAGAGAAGGCUUUCUCGCCGGGCCGUAUCGAGGGUUACCCUCGGCGGUCGCGAGAGAAGCGAGCAAGAAUAUGUUUAGAAUUGGUUUGUUCACGCCUUUGUUGUUAGCGUUACAUCCGCCGGGGAAACAUCGAAACGCGCAAACGGGAGAGGAGGUUCCCGUGCCGGCGUGGAAGCGGUUCGUGGCGGGGAGUUUGAGCGGCGCGUUAGGCGCGGUGAGCUCGAACCCAUUCGAUUUAGUGAAGACUAGGAUGCAAGUUCCCGCGGAUAUGUGCGAAUAUACCGGGUUGACGAACGCGUUUUCGACGAUUAUGAAAGGCGAAGGGUGGAAGGCGCUUUAUAAAGGGGUCGGCGCGUCCGUGUGUAGAGAUAUGUUGGGGUCCUCGGUGAAUUUAACCGUGCAAAGCGUCGCGAGCGAGUGGAUGAUUCAGAAAGAGGUGUUUCCACCCGGGUCGCCGUGGUUAGGGGGGGUGUCAGGGGUGUUGAGUGCGGCCGCGAGCGUGGCGGUGAUGCAACCGAUCGAUACGAGCAGAGCGUACGUGUAUUUGAAACCGCACAUUUUUUCAAACUCGAUCGAAGCGAUGCGAUACAUCGUAUUGAAAGAAGGACCGCUGAAGUUGUAUAAAGGCGCAAUUCCACACUUUUUGAGAACGGCGCCGCACUACGCGGCUAUGUUCAGCAUUUUAGAAUACAUCACCGGGAAAGAGCGGGUUAUAGUCAGAGAUUUGAACGCCAAACGAUUUCGAGAGCUUGGGAUUUUCGAUAAAGACGUCUCCAACGAGCUCGCGAAGAUGUGUAAAGUUAAAGUGUUCAAACCGAAACAAGAGAUUAGCAAAAGCGGCGACGUGGAGAAAGAAAUGGUGCUGAUCGUGCGCGGGAAAGCGUUGACGCCUAACUCUGGCGUGGCCAGUUCUGGGUCGUAUUUCGGCGAGCAAUCGUUAAUUCACGAGAACCACAGAGCCGGGGAAACCGUCGUCGCGAAAACUUCGACGACGUGUUUAGUCGUCGACAAGAUGGAUUUCAAGAGAGCCACGUUGCGAGCGCAACGAUUACGCGGACAAGUUAAGAAGAGGACAACAAAAGCAGACGAAAAGGACGACGACAAAGAUCAAGACCGAUUCACGGCGGCCACGUCCGAUUUCUCCACCGACGGCGACGCCAUGAUGGGAUACUACGCCAAAAAAAUGGACGAAAUAGAAUAUCGCGAACAACUCUCCACGAGCUGGCGAAAGUCGCGCGACAAAAAACUCAUCGACUCCGUCCAAGUCUUCAAAGGCAUGUCCCCGUACGAACGCGCGUUAAUCGUCGAGUCUGCUAAAAAACGCCGCUACGAAUCCGGCGAAAAAAUCAUCCGCGAAGGCGACCGAGACAAGGAGAAAACGUUCUUCGUCGUCCUCAAAGGCCGCGCCGCGAUGGUCGCCAGAGACGCCGAUUUCGACGAAGACAAACUCAUAAACAUGAAAAACCCGCAGCAAAUCCGUAAAAUUGUCCGAACGUUCGCCCCUGGCGGUCAUUUCGGCGGCAAAGCGUUAUUAACCGGCAAUCCUCGCCAAAUGACCAUCGUCGCUCGAGGCAACGUCGAAGCGUUAGCCAUCGACGGCCAAAGCUUGCGAGAGUUGCGAGAGAAAGAUCCAAACUUGGUCGAAAAGAUUAAAAAGAAUUUGAAAAGAGAGAGCGAUAAAAUCGGCGAUUGGAGGUUUAGCAGCAUGAUGAUGGCGUAA